GCGUAGAGUUGGUCCGAAGCAGUCAGAGUCAGUUCAUUUACAGAGCUCCAAGUCCAAGUCGUCUAGGGGAAGUCGCAGGAAAAAGUGCAAAGAAAAAUCUUUAUCUUUUGUGCGACAAAACGAAACACGCAAUAAGAAGAGGACGACUCCUUGUCGUGAGUUCUCGGAAGCAGGGCUGGGUUGGGCCGGAACGUAGUGCAACGGCCACGUCCGGACGAACCUCCCGCAGCUUGAGACGGGGACGGAGGUGCCACGGGAGUUUUUCUCCGUGGCGGAACGGGGGCGUUUACGUGGUGCUCGGUGUGUGGCGCAGGGAAGUUUCCGGAAGGGGGAGUUUCAGGGAUCGAUUGCGGGAUCGGAAGACUCGAGCUGAUUCGGCACUGGUGGCACCACCUUCCACAGGAGGAAAAGAAAGAUGGCGGAGCCGACCGGCGACCUGCUCGCGAUCGAGGCCCUCGUCAACGAGUUCUACCAUCCGGGCACGUCGAACGCCCGCAAGCACACCAUCGAAGGUCAGCUGCAGCAGUUCCAGCGGACCCCGCACUCCUGGCUCCUAUGUCUGCAGAACCUGCCCCGUUUCAACAACCAGUACUUUUGGUUCUUCAACGUGUCCACGGUGGAGGUGACCAUCCAGCAGCGAUGGCCCGCGCUGGAUGAGGCGGCCCGGGUGCAGCUGCGGGACGCCCUGUGGGCCACGUACGCGGCCUUUUCGCACGACAUUCCGGGCAUGCAGCGCGACAAGGUGGCCCAGCUGGUGGCGCUCGUUGGGAAGCGCCAGUUUCCGGAGGAGCAUCCGGACUACAUGAGUCAGGUCCUCGAGCUGCUCAAGAGCAAGUUCACGCUGGGCGUGACGCUACUGCGCGCCACCUCGGACGAGAUCACCAGCACCAAGGCGGACAUCACGAGCGAGCGGCAAAAGUACCUCUCGUACUGCGUCUCGAUGUACCUGCCGGCGACGUUCGAGAUCCUGCAGCGGUACGCCGAGCUGUGCAUCAAUCGAACUAUUAGUAAGAACGGAAUCGCCAGCAUGGCCCAUCUGCCGGUACCGUUCGGGGACGACUCGCGGCUGGAGCAAGCGACGACGGAUCUGCUGGUGUGCGUGCAGCAGAUCUUCUCGUGGGCACCGCUGGACAACGUGACGGCGCCGGAGUUUUUCCAGAGUUUGUUCAUGCUGGCGCGGUGGAACGAGGUGUACAACGAUGUGUCGAUAUCGGCGUUGACGACCAUUUCGGAGCUAUUUUACCGACAGAAGCCGCUGCCGCUGCCGACGGUGAUCGCGACGGGGGUGAUCGAGCUGUUGCAGCAGCCGACGCUGAAGCUGUCGAACGAGCUGUACCAGGACAAGCUGACGGAGCUGUUGCGGCUGUUUACGACGCAGCAGUGGGUUCGGUGGAGCAAGGAUCCACACUUUCCUGCCAUAAGUUAUUUGAACUGCCUGUUUCAGUACACGUUUUAUGGGUAUGGGGCGUUGGCGUUUACGGAGCGGUUGACGAUCUGGACGCCGAUCGUGAGGGGCUUCUCGAGUGAUUGUGGGGGUUCGGUUUCGAGUGGGAAGCACGCGGAUAAGCUGCUGGCGUUGGCUUCGGGGACGGUAAAGCGGAUGUUGUUCCAGUACGAUUUUGAUCAGCAGCUGGACAUGUUGGACGGGGAGGAGCUGGACGACGAUAAUGAGACGGAGUUGCAGCACUUUUUCAACCAGUGCAUCGAUACGAUCGCGCAGAUUGCGGAGAUUGAGCCGGUGAGGGUGUACGACGUGGUGUUUUCGGAGUUUGCUUCGGAUGUGGCGGGUCCGUACGCGACGGUGCUUUCGACGGUUGGGCUGAUUAGUGGUGGUCAUUUGCAGGCUGCGUACGAUGAGGAUGGUCGCAACGGGUUGCGGUGCAAGUUUCGUGAUUUCAUAUCGUUGUGCCAGUUGAUUGCGCGGAUCAGUCCGUUGCUGCACGAGCGAUCGGAGAAGGUCGGCGAUACGCUGGGUCAGCUGAUCGAGUCGUUGGUGAAGCUGGUGGAGACGGUUUCGGGUGCGGCUGGGGACCCGAUGGAGUACUUUUUCAUGCAUUUACCGGCGCUAGCGGGUGAGAUGGUGGACGUGGUCAGUCAGACGAUGAUCACGCUGCGGAGUCUGCUGCUGGUGGCGCACAUCCCGUUUGGGGAGGCUGAAAUGAUGCAUUUCGUGGGUUGCAUUCCGAGGUUUCUGCUGCCGCCACAAAAGGUCAAGCGGGACCAGCUGCGGAUGCUGACGAGUGCGGCGGCCCAGCUAUUGCUCAGUGUAAGUGCCAAUUUGCGACCAAAAUACCUCGUACAAGCUAUUAAACCGUUGGUGCACAGUGACCUGCGGCAUUUGGAGCGGCCAACGGCACUGACCGUUCGUCGAGCGAUCUGCAACUGCUUCGUGCUGCCAUGGGUUGGGUGUUCCGUACCGGAACAGAACUACGAAGGUCGAGCGGCGUUACUCCAAGAGUACAUUGCAUUUAUCGCCGGGGAUUUGAUCAGGCUUGACCUGGGUCACGGUUUCAGCAACGGUGGCACCACCAACCCCUCCCUAGACUACGGCCAAGAGGAGAAGAUCGUUGCGGUGGCUACGUCCGUGCUCGGCAUGUUGCGAGACCUGCUCGACUACUACCAGGAGCAGAGCAGUCCCGUCAAGCAGAUGCUGGCAGCCGCGUUCCGACCUGUGAUAGAGAAAACUCUCACCAUUUACAGUGCUGCCAGCAGCAAGAACUGCGCCCUCAUCGAGCGCAUCUUCGACUUCUGCCUCGGCAUCAUCCGCACCCUUCAGGUUCAGCUCGGCCAGCUGUUCCUCAAGAACAUCAUCCUCCUGUUCCUCGGCAAGACCAAGUCCGAGCAAAUCACCGCCCAGAGGUUCCGCUCGCUCGACAUCCUGCUCAAAAUGUUCCUCCUGAUUGUCGAACAACCCGGCAACGUCUCCCUCCUGCCAGACAUCCUCAACUUCUCCAUCGAGCACGUACUCCCGCUCGUCUUCGCCCAAGAACACACCCCCGCCAAAAGCGAACAAAACGGCCACGCCGACGCCAGCCUCUCCCUCUACCUGCUCUUCAACGGCAUCCUGCUCCACCGGUGGCAAUACUUUUACAAAUCCAGCGUGCUCAAACAGUUCACCCCCAGCGUGUCGGCCGCCCUCGGCAACCACCAGCCCACAUCCGGACUCGACCACCCGGACCAGUUCACCGCCAUCAUGAACGCGUACGGCCAGGCCAUCGUGUGCGCCAACGAUCCGCACGUCACCCGCGCCACCCUCCAAUCCCUCCAGGCCCUCAACGACCGGUGGAAACUGUACGGGCGGGAGUUUUUCCGCCAGAACCUGCUCCAAUCGUUCGAGGCGGCCAUCAUCAAGGCGCUGCUCGCGCCCGAAGGCAUUCUGCACUACGAGCUGUUCCUGGCGGUGCUGUACAGCAUGGGCGAGGUGGACAUGAAGCGACUGCACGAGACGUUCGCCGGGAUCGGAUUUCCGGCCGUGUCGCAGCAGGUCGAGCAGGUGUGCCUGUCGACGGACUACCCCACGUUCGCCCAUCGCAUGAACCAGCUCAUCCAGGACACCAAAUGUGGUCAGCUCAACGGAACGGCCUAAAAUUUGUGGGGUUUCCCACAACAAGUCAAAAGCCAACUUGAGCCACAGAUAUCAUCCUAAAUUGCAGUCAGUCGCGGUAAGUCAGUCACGCCACACACAAACUAAGAAAAGAAAAAACAACUCACAUUCACACACACACACGCCCACAAGAGAAGAAGAAGAUGAACAUCUUUCCUAGCGGAGCGUUUCUCUGCGAGAAAUAGGCGUUCGUGGGAAACGCGUGGGACAGUACUGAAAUUCACGAAAAUUCCAUAUUUUACUAAAAUUGAUCAAGCAAAAUCAAGCAAACUAAGUGUAAUUCAAUGGAGGACAACGCCCCCCGUUGAGAUAGGCUAGUUUUACGUUUCAAAAGUCCAAGUUUGCGUUGGACGAACCAAGUCUAAAAUGAAAAUUACGCGCAUUAAAUACGUAUGAAGCAAAAACAAAUUAGACAAAACUAAACUACUAAAAAAAAAAACAAAAUGUCAGUUAGGCAGGUAAGGCUUCGCUCGAAUUCGAAAGAGGAGAAUGUUUCGUUCUUUAGGUUUUCUUUAAACAUUUUAACGUUUUGUGUUUAUUACUUUAUUCGUGUUUAAGUUAUAUUAUCAGGUCAAACUUGCUUUACACAGUUUAAUUAAAAAAGGAGAAUCAAAGUCGUGUGCAAAAGAAAACGCAAACUCUCUUCACAUCUAAGUCGUACGUAAAGUUAUUGAAAAACUAGGGAUAUUUUAUUUUACAAUGUCAAGUUGUAACAUGUGAUACUGAGAAUUAUAAGAUUACGUUUAAAAUCUCGCUUUAUUU